AUGACUUUUGUGAUGAGUAUCGCUCGUACAACCACGAGUAGUAGCAGUAGUAGUAGUACAACAGGAACAACACGGUAUCAUCCUAGGAAAAGAAGAAGACGACAAAAAAGAUUUGCAUCCUCGCGCGCAUUAUCCUCAUCUGAUAGUGAUGAUACGUGUGCAAAUAUCACCACCACCACUCUCGCGACAACGACGACGAUGACAACGAUGAUGGCUAUGCUGCUGAUGAUGAAUUUUGCUGUCGAACCAGCGGAAGCGGGCCAAAUAACAAACUAUCUCGCCGCUGGGAACUACUCCUUUUUGGAAAGAGAGUAUCAAGACUUGACGUACGCGGGCGUUUCGCUCGUGGACGUUGGAACGUGCGAUGGGAAACAGUGCGUGAAAGUCACCUACGAUGACGAGAAAGUUCCGUUUGAGCGCAUCAUGAGAGUGUAUUUUAAACAUUUCGACCCGAAAAAUGCGAGUAAAGGGCAAUACUCGGAAGUCGGCGAGCAAUAUAAACCGGCGGUGUACGUCAACUCGGAGAAAGAAAAGACGUACGUGAACGAUAGUUUAGAUAAGUUGGAACGGUCGAGAGUGUUUGGGAGGAAUUUGGCGGACAAUUGGGUGUCGAAUAUCCCGGUGUUGGACGCGCAAUCAGUGAAAUUCGAGCGAGAACAGGAUGACGGGAAGAGGAAUGUGAUGAAGACGAAUCCGAAAUCUCUGGAAAAGUUGUCGAAAGCGAGAGACGCGCAGUUCGAUCAACUCUGGGGAUUCGUUCAGUUUUGUUACGAACGCGUGUGUGGGUACGUCAGAUUUGCGCCCGCGUGCGUAGGGGAGUGUCAGGAAGUUUUUCCAGAGUUUUUAUCGCGGAAUUCAGGCGUGCCCGAGUUGGAAGGCGAUGUAAAAAUUACCGGAGGGACGUACAAAGCUUAA